UUGCUGGAUGAUCAGAUUAAAAGGAAAAAUGGUAACGGGGUCUGAAAGCUCACCAGUAACAACUGUUCUGAGUAUUCUCUUUUGCUUUAUGCAGGUGAAGCCUCUGGGAAAGCCCCUGUCAUAGAGGAGCCCCAGAGGACGCCCCUGGCCGUCAGCCAUGGCCGUACCUAUAGCGGUUCUUGACUGCGAUCUCUUGCUCUAUGGCCGCGGACACAGGACUUUGGAUCGUUUCAAGCUGGAGGAUGUCACGGAUGAGUAUCUGGUAUCCACGUACGGCUUUCCCCGACAGUUUAUUUGCUACCUGGUGGAUCUCCUGGGAGCCACUCUCUCACGCCCUACACAGCGGUCCAGGGCCAUCAGUCCAGAGACUCAAAUACUUGCUGCGUUGGGUUUCUAUACCUCCGGUUCCUUCCAGACUCGCAUGGGGGAUGCUAUUGGCAUUAGCCAAGCCUCGAUGAGCCGCUGUGUUGCCAAUGUGACCGAGGCACUGGUGGAAAGAGCCUCACAGUUCAUUCACUUUCCUAAAGAUGAAGCUACUGUACAGAGCCUGAAGGAUGACUUUUAUGGGCUGGCAGGAAUGCCGGGAGUGCUGGGGGUGGUUGACUGCACCCACGUGGCAAUCAAAGCACCAAAUGCUGAGGACCUGUCCUAUGUGAACCGAAAGGGUCUCCAUUCCCUGAACUGCCUCAUGGUGUGUGAUUCCAGAGGAGUCCUCCUUAGUGCUGAAACGCACUGGCCAGGCAGCCUGCCUGACUGCACGGUGUUAGACCAGGCAGCCCUCACAAGCCACUUUGAAACUGAGCUACAUAAAGAUGGCUGGCUACUUGGUGACAGCUCCUUCUUGCUCCGGACAUGGUUGAUGACCCCUCUGCACAUCCCUGAGACGCCUGCAGAGUACCGCUACAACAUGGCCCAUUCUGCCACUCACAACAUCAUUGAGCGCACGUUCAGAACCAUUCGGUCACGGUUCCGCUGCCUCGAUGGCUCCAAAGGCACCCUGCAGUAUUCUCCAGAGAAGUCCAGCCACAUCAUUCUGGCCUGCUGCGUGCUUCAUAACAUCUCCCUGCAACAUGGGCUGGAUGUGUGGUCUGCACCAGCCACAGGACACAUGGAGCAAUCGGAAGAAGAAUACGAGCAAAUGGAAUCAGUGGACUCAGAAGCCUGUCGUGUUCGUCAGGAACUUUUACUUACUCAUUUUAGCUAAUGUUGUGACAGAAAGAAGGCUUCUAACAGUUAGUCUGGGAAGACAUCUGGAGCAAAUAUGCCCCCUCCUCUUCUUGAAGCCUGUUUAAGCAGAUGUGAGACAAGAAGAAAUUCACUCUUUUAAUUUCAGGCAGAUAUCUGAACUUCUCUCAAUCUCUCCAAAGAUUCAAUUUAAUUGGUACAUUUUUGCCAUCGUAAUGAUUAGAGAUGCCCCUUUCACUUGACUUAGAGAACAAUGACUAAUGUGACAACAGUGGGAAAAUUAGGGAAAUUUUCAUUUAUAAUGAUGGAAAAUCUGUAAACCUCGCAGUGUUUUACAAAGCAAUGGUUCUAUUCCACUGUGUAACUCAAAACACUUAUGAUUGAUU